AUGGUUAAUGAUAUAUCCCGACCCAAAAAUAGACCAGCAGUGAUGACAAGACAGCAUUUAAGUGUUUGCAAGAUUGACCUGUAUAAAGUCAAGGAAACGGCUAAGCGUUCCAUUGAGAUGGGAUAUAAACAAGGCUGGCGAGCGGGCGGGUCACCGAAGUUAGUGUCGGCUCGUAAACGUAUCGGCCGGGCGGGGGCUACCGGCGCCCCCGCCGCGACCGCACUCGACGCCACGCCGCACGUCGCCGCUCUGAAUCGCACCCGUUCACAUACUCCCCUGGGAAAGGCGGCGUUCCGACAACAGACAGCGGGUGUCAGCCGCCACGUGCUACCCAAGGCCACUCGCUUAGUGUCAAGGUCAUUGCCACUCCAGCUCGGCACACGCGGCACCCACGCCUCUCCUGUCACCACAAAUAGACCGGCCGCCACCACUUGCACUCCGAUCUACCGCAACACGCGCCUCAGGCGCCCGAUCGCACUUCACGCUACUUUUUUGGCGUGGGACGGACACGAUCAGCUGACGUUGACAACCGACUCACCCACUUGUUUAAAGCCCUAG